AUGUCCUCUUCAUUGACAAGUUCACAGAAAGCAAUGUCCGAAACUCCUGCGACAUCGCCUUUUCCACUGGAAGCUUCGCCUGCUCCAGACGCUAAUCAGGCUACUGAGACCACCGAAGAUGUUACGAUGACCGAGGCUUCUCAUGAACAGAGGGACACUGAGCAGGACGCGGAUGGAGAGGUGGACGACGACGCAAUGGCUGUCGAUGAGGCUGUCAUGUCGUUGCCUCUUUCGAAGAUUAAGAAGAUUUUCAAAAUGGACCCAGACUAUUUUUCAGCUUCUCAAGGUGCCGUGUUUGCUACCGGCGCAGCCACCGAACUUUUCGUGCAAUACUUCAUGGAACAUGCUUCAAUGAAUGCUAAAAUGGAAAAGAGAAAAAAGAUUCAGUAUAAAGAUCUAAGUACUGCUGUGUCCAACCAAGAUGCUUUGCAGUUCUUGAGUGACACGAUUCCUAAGACUCAGCCUGUGGGCCAAGCGAUCAAAGAAAGGACUAUCAAUUUGCAAGACGAUGACAAGAAGAAGUACUCCGAAUCCCACGCCCCAGAGGAACACGCAAGUCCGCAGAAAGCAGCAGCUGAGCCUGAGAAAAGCACUGUUGAGGUUUUGCCAAAGGGUCAGCAAACACUUUCUUUUGAGCCGGUCAAAAAGCCAACGAUAAAGAAGGCAGUCAUCCAUGACUUGAUGAGUACUGAGGAUACUCCUAAUAAUGAUGCUAUUACUAUUGAUGAUUAG